AUUGGAUCGCUGCAGAAUAUUUGGAUAAAACCACUGGAGUCUUACACCCUUUCUACACUGGGCGCAUCCGUUGACAUGCUGCGCCGCAACGGCUUGAGGCUGUCUACACUCGAUGCAUCAACACGAACGUUAAUCUAAACCAUUUAAUUUGUGUAGUAACAUCAGUGCUUGCAACAUAAAAUUGAACCCGACACCCGUUUAUUGUCGCCUUGUAACGGACGCUUCCAGUGUAGACAGCAUCAUUGAUUAUAAUGGGGUUCUAUUGCUUUUAACGCGACGCGACGCUCGCGUAAGGUGUAGACAGGGUGUUAUGGAUUACCUUUAUGCUGCCUUUAUGUUCUUUUAGGAGCUUUGAAAAUUUGGUCACCAUUCACUUGCAUGUAUGGACAAACAGACAUAUGUCCAUCAAAAUUCUGUAUUUGUGUUCUGCAGUAGAAAAAAGUCAUUCGAGUUUGAGACGACAAGGGUGAGUACUGAGUAGGCUAAAUGAUGAUUUGGUGAACUACAGCGUUAGACUCUGAGGUGUCUGCCUUACAUUUAGCAUAUUCUCAGUGACUAUCUGUUAUAAUUGGACGGAGAGGGGGAGGGUUUGUGUUAGUGGAUUUAUUCCGCGAACGCAACCAAACGUUGUGACCUUGGCAGGUGGGUGAGUGUGCAAGUUAGAGGCAGGGAAAGAUGCGUGCCUUCGUCCGUCACAAACCUAGCAGUACUUUGCUGGAUAGGUUCGACAGAAAACACAAUUUUAGCUCUUCUUUUUCUGUGCAGGAGAGACAAAAUCAUGUGAAUACAUCUGAACCUGAAAGUUUUCGUGGAAUGGGAUUUCUCUGUUGACCCGCUGCUCUCCGUUGAUGAGAUCGAGGAGCUUCCUGGGGAAUUAUUUGCAUCGGUUUUGCGGAGCACAUUUUACUUACUGGACAAAAGCGUUUCACAUCCAACGCUACAGCUUAUCUUCCUGGAAUGCUGUGCUGAUCCCACUUGGCAUCAAAGCUCCACUGUGUAUUUAUAGAGCAGACACUUGCAUUUGUCUGACUCCAGAUGUAAUUCCAGUGCAGUGAAUGGCAUAACAGGACAGAAAAUGGCUAAAAUCUGCACAGAACAGUCAUACCACUCACAAAGAUCUGCCUUCACCCCUGAGCCAGCUAUUGGAUGGAUCGAGAGAGGAGAAAGUGUUCAGCCACCCAAUGGACAAAUGGGCAGGAUGUUCCAGUUCAUUCUGAGGCUUGGAGGAAGGUCCACACAAUGUCAAGCAUCUGAAUGCAGUGAUUCAGUUACAAUGGAGGGGAUUAAAGACAUGGGUGGACAAGAGAAAUCAUCAUGGGACAUCAGAGGAGAGGACCGACUGCGCAAGAGGAACUUCAAGAAAAAUGCUGGCCAUUGGCCUCUUGCAGCACUAAAUAUGAACAACUGCAACAACACAGAUGAUAAAAAGAAUGACAAGGAAAUAAAGAAAGAUGAUAAGAACCAGGAACCAAAAAAGGAUGAGAAGAAAGAUGAGAAAAAAGAUGAGAAAAAGGAUGACAAGAAGAAGGAGGAGGAGAAACCAAAACAAGUUUGGAUAAUUGAUCCAGCGACAGAUAUGUACUAUCACUGGCUCACCCUUGUAGCAAUACCUGUCUUCUACAACCUAAUGAUGCUUGUUACCAGAGCCUGCUUCAAUGAGCUGCAGGAUAAUUUCACCAUCCUAUGGGUGGUUUUGGAUUAUACAUCAGAUGCCAUCUACUACAUUGACACAUUUGUGAGAUUAAGGACAGGUUUCUUGGAACAAGGAUUACUUGUGAGAGAUUCUAAGAAGCUGUGGGAACGCUAUAAAAAGUCACCGCAAUUCAGAUUUGAUGUGAUAUCCAUGAUACCGACAGACUUGUUAAUGCUGAAAGUGGGCUACAACAAUCCGGAACUAAGAUUCAAUCGCCUUUUCAAGUUGGCCCGUCUAUUUGAGUUCUUCGACCGCACUGAAACCAGAACCAACUUUCCCAACAUCUUUCGAAUCAGCAACCUUGUCCUUUACAUCCUUAUCAUCAUCCACUGGAAUGGCUGCAUCUUCUUUGCCAUCUCAAAAACAAUCGGCUUUGGGUCAGACACUUGGGUGUACCCCAACAUUAGCGACCCAGAGUUUGGUCGUCUGUCCAGGAAGUACAUCUACUGCCUGUACUGGUCUACUCUCACCCUAACCACCAUUGGAGAGACGCCACCACCUGUUAGAGAUGUUGAGUACUUUUUUGUCGUUGCUGAUUUUCUCAUUGGUGUCCUUAUUUUUGCCACCAUUGUUGGUAACGUUGGUGCCAUGAUCUCCAAUAUGAGUGCUUCCCGUGCUGAGUUCCAAGCCAAGAUCGACUCCAUCAAGCAGUACAUGCAGUUCCGAAAGGUCACCAAAGAUCUGGAGGCCCGUGUCGUAAAGUGGUUCGAUUACCUUUGGACUGAGCAGAAGACCUGUGAUGAAAAGGAAGUUCUCAAGAACCUUCCAGACAAGCUCAAGGCAGAGAUUGCUAUCAAUGUCCAUCUAGAAACCUUGAGGAAGGUGCGCAUCUUCCAGGACUGUGAAGCAGGACUUCUUGUUGAGCUCGUCCUCAAGCUUCAACCACAGGUAUUCAGUCCUGGAGACUACAUUUGCAAGAAGGGUGACAUUGGACGAGAAAUGUACAUUAUCAAAGAAGGUAAGCUUGCGGUGGUGGCAGAUGAUGGCAUAACGCAGUUUGUGGUUCUCAGUGAUGGCGCCUACUUCGGUGAGAUCAGUAUCUUGGGCAUCAAGGGCAGUAAAGCAGGAAACCGCAGGACUGCUAACAUACGUAGUGUGGGAUACUCCGAUCUGUUUGCGCUCUCAAAAGAUGAUCUAAUGGAGGCUUUGACUGAGUACCCAGAGGCCAAGAAAGCUCUGGAGGAGAAAGGUAGGGCUAUUUUGUUGAAAGACAAUCUUAUCGACGAGGCUGCAGCCAAUGCUGGCGCAGACCCCAAAGACAUGGAGGAAAAGGUCAACAUCAUGGAAACUAAUCUAGAGGUGAUGCAGGCCAAAUUUUCUCUUCUUAUGGUAGAUUGGGAAAACAGCCAGAACAGGAUCAAACAGAGGAUCACCAACAUGGAGGCCAGAGUCAAGACUCUUAGAGAGUAGGAUUUAUCUGAGGUUGUGGAGGAUAAAAAGAACAAAUAGUUCAGUGCAGAAAUAGAUUUACUUCACAGUAUGUCUCAGGAUAAUGCUAGCAUUUACACAUAUAUUGGAAAGCGUUAUCAUUUUUGUGGAACCGCCUGAUCUCAUGGUAGCACAACAACAUGUUCUGUACUAAUUAUAGAUGAUGCAUUCAGAGAUUUGGCAGAUCAUGAGAUCUAAACCUAAUUUGAAAAGGCAGGUAAACAAGUUUCAGACAGUUUCAGCCCCAUUAAUGCAGGAUAUUCUUGUGAAGUAAUUUCAAACUACAGUGCUCAAAGAACAUUCCUCUUCUGUUUUGGUAAGAAUUGUUUCUGAAACUGUUGUAAUGAAGUAUUGCUUUGUUGUGUGUGUGCAACAGGUAGUGCAGUUUGGAUUGGCGGAAGCUCUGAAAUUUAAGCGGGUUAUUUUGCAGCUGUACUCUCUGUGAGAUUUCAUGCUGCAAGUCUUUUUUAACCAGCAUUGGUAAAUAUGCUCUGCUAUAUAUCUCACUUUUUUUGCAUUUUGUAGUUGAUUUCAGGAAACUCCCUCGCAUUGAAACUUUAUUUGUUCCACAUAUAGUCUAACUAAUUGCACCUAAUCUAUACCCAAGCCUUGUCAGCAAAGGGAAAGCUUUGCUUUUAUGAAACAAGCAGAAAUACCAGAGUAUCCUGUCUUAUUAUACAAUAUUAUACAUUUUAAAUGUAGACUUUUUCCCUUCUUUUUGUUCUCUCAUGUUCAGUUCUUUGUCUGUGUCUUUAUUUUCAUU